CUCCAUUCCAUUCAAAGAAGACUAACACCUCUCCCUUUUAUUUAUGUUUGUGUGGGUUUAAGACAGGGAAGAAUUGUAAAGACAAACACUUUAUGUUGAUGGAUCCCAACAAUUUGAAAACCAAUUCGCCUUCUUCCACAAGCAAAACAAAGCAGCAGCAGCCACAAGAAACAAGGUUCUUGGGAGUAAGGAGGCGGCCAUGGUGUCGUUACGCGGCCGAGAUAAGAGACCCUUCCACGAAAGAAAGGCAUUGGCUCGGCACGUUCGACACGACCGAGGAAGCAGCCUUGGCCUACGACCGUGCAGCUCGGUCCAUGCGAGGCUCCAAGGCUCGUACAAACUUCGUUUAUUCCUACAUGCCGGUCGGUUCAUCUGUCACCUCCAUCGUCUCCCCCGACGAAUCACAGCAUGAUUUUUUUUCCAUUAAUCCCCCUUUCCACCACCAUCAAAACGAGGCAAACCGGAACCAGGUUUUCUUCUCUACUCAAGAAGACCCUUUCACUGCAUGCCAGUUCCCUUCGGGGUGGAUCCAAGAGACUAGCGAUGGCACUGUCGAAUCUUACAGACCCAUUACCGGUGUUAUGGACAUCGGAGACGGUGGUUCUCAGCAGCUAGGCCAUGACUCCGAGCUGCCACCAUUGUCUCCGGAUGUCUCCUCCUCGUGUUACGGAUCCGGACUUGAUAUGAGCAAUGAAGCAUGGAAUGAGAUAGGCUUCUUCAGGUUCUCGGAUCAAACUGCAUUCGUAAUUAACUCUCAGACGGGAACCACCGGGUUUGAUUUGAGUUCAUCGUGGGGCUACUUUCUUUAA